AUGCGGUCGUAUCAUCCCCAGAUGGACACCUGGUUCGACGCGGUUGUCGGCCGAAAUUAUGACUUUGUACGCGAGAACGUUAAAAACAUGGCCGGCAUUUCCAAUUUCAUGGGGACGACGGGCCUUUGCAAGGCGGCAGCUGCCGGAGACUUAGAAAUGGUUAAGAUCCUCUUUGAGAGCGAGAAAGACAUAGUAGAUUCCCGGGGGAAGACCCCUUUAAUGUACGCCGCGGAGAACGGCCAUACGUCCGUGAUAUCCUUUCUCAUGCCCUAUAUGGCUAAGAAGCAGACACAUGAUAAAACAACGGCCUUGAUGUACGCAGUGUGGAAGGGGCACAAAGAUGCUGUGACCCUUCUGCUCAAGGAGGAGCAGGGACUCACCCAAUAUCGUGGCAUGACCGCGUUGAUGCAGGCUGCGCGCUACAAGCACACAGACCUCUGCGAGCUUCUUCUGUCAGAGUGUGGGCGUCAGGACAAUUGUGGCUUCACUGCUCUUCUUUUUGCUACUAUGUCAGGGUGCAUAGAUUUCGUCAAGAAGCUGUGGGACAAAGAGGGAUCAAUUACCGGCUUGAACGGGGAGACUCCGCUCAUGACAGCAGCUAGGGAAAAUAAGGUUGAUCUCAUAGAUUUCUUCAUCUCAAAGGGGCAAGCAGGGAAAAAGGAUGUUGAGGGUAAGACUGCGCUGAUGAGUGCUGCAGAACGAGGACAUAUCCAGUCUAUUUCCGCGCUGAUCAAGUACGAAAAGAACAUGCAGGAUAACCGGGGGAUGACUGCCCUUAUGUACGCUGCCUCCCACUCAAAGUUGGAUGCAGCAAAGAUCCUCAAGGAUGAGGUGCCUCUCAAAGACAAGAACGGACGAACAGCUCUCCAGUAUGCCAAUUUACAAUAUGCGGACAUCGCAACCGCGACUAUGAAGCCUGAAAACAAAGACUUGGCUACUCAGCAUGUGCAAGAAAUAAGCCCUCUGUCCAUCUUCCUGUUCAAUGAAUCUCUCCAGCACGCCUUCAUCCCCACGAGCAAGACCUUUAGAUCCAUUGUCGACUUUCUCGUUCGUGCUUUUCAGUCGUAUAAAGAUGAGUAUCGAGGCUAUGACGAGAUCGUAGACUUUUGCGACAGACUACUAGAUGUAAUGACUUCGUUUGUGGUAGACUUCAUCACUCCGUUUUAUUACGUCAGCCUCACCCUUGGGGUCCCCGUUGCUAAAGACAAGCAAGACGCCGACUUCACGAAUAGUGCCAACCGCAUGAUGGACACUCUUUUCCAGGAGAUUGAAGAGUUUCUCAGCGACGACUCUGACUCUCUCGUUUGUUGCAUUUGUCUGGACAAACUGCGGAACGUUAUACUGUAUCCUUGCAAGCAUGUUGUGGUAUGUCUCGAUUGUCUUGAGACACUCAAGGAUAGUUGUCCAUACUGCCGCACUACCAUUAAGGAUAAAGAUACUGUAGACUAUUUGGACUAG